AGCGCAUAUGCCGCCAGGCGACAAGCUUAUACUACCCCGUGACUAAGAUUGUACGAGUAUCUUUUGUCCCUGUCUCUACCUCUGCCUCCAUUAUUCUUUGCUACAGUGCCUCAUAAUAUGCAAGAGCCAAGUUAACAGGGCAUUCAAAAGAUUGAUCGUAUUGUAGUAUUUUAGGCCAUCAAUUUCAAUUAACGAAGACAUGAAAAACCAAUUAUCUUCGAGCGAUGAAGAUGACGAGUACCCAUCUUCAGGAAUGAUGUAUUGCUGGUGGAGAUCAGCUGCCAAGUUUGAAGAAUGUUCUAGGCUCAAGGUUGCCCUGCCCAAAAUUGCAGGCCUCACUCCAAGACUUAGAGUUCUUAGAGAGCUGGAAAGAUUGGCUUUGAUUGCAAAUGAAGGACUCAAUGAACUUCGUUACAAGUUACAAAUGUAUCGCUCAGGUGAUUUCUGGGUACCCACAGGAGGUAUCAAGAAGGAAGAGAUGGACAUUCCACCAGUAAUCACAAUUCUGUUAGUGGGUUUCUCUGCUUCUGGCAAGAGCUCGCUUGUGAACUUAAUGUACAGUGUUCUUGGUCGAACUGGACUCGUACCUUUUGCUCAGACAUCAUCUGGGAGUGCUAAAAACUACGAGACCAUGUACAUGGAAGAGCACAACGUAUUGAGAUCACUGCAAAGUGGGUUUUGCGUGUAUGAUUCUAGGGGUUUUAAUUAUGAUAAAAUGGGAGAGGCCCUCGAGGAAUUGUCGAGUUGGAUGAUCGAUGGGGUGCACCAUAAUCAGCCGUGCUUGAGAUCAGGGGAUCAUACUUUGCUCAAAGAUGAUGCAGAAACCGCAGCUCUAAGAUCGUCUUCAAAGUUUGUGCAGAGGAGAGUGAAUUGUUCUAUGGUGGUGGUUAAUAUAGCUGAAGUUCAUAAAGCUCUAAAAGCUGGUGAUUCGAAGCCGUUAGAGGCAACAAGAGAGCUCUUCUGCUCCCCUGCUUUGAGAAACUGCAAUGAGAACCCCAUUUUGAUUUUGACGCAUGGAGACUUGUUGACUACAGAGGAAAGGAUCGAAGGCAGGCUCAAAUUAUGCGAACGAUUAGGCAUAUCAGAGACUAAUUGUGUAUAUGACGUAGUUUGUCUCACAGAAUAUGGAUUUCUAGCAGAAGAGUCGGAUCCUGUUACAGCCUGUGCAGUAGCUGAAGCAGUAUACAGGGCAUUGCUCAUCUCAGACAGGGGCCACUUUCCAAAGAAAAAUUUCCAGGACUGGGCAGUGUUCAUAUUGUCAUGGCUAAUGACCUUCAUGGGUAUUCUCUUCGCUUUCCUUGCUGAAAUUUGCACCACUCUCGGACACAGAAAAAAAUUGAAGCAUUAAAGGGGAAGGAAACACAGAUUUUCUGUAUAUUGUGUAUUGCCAGUGACACUAAUGUGCUUUUUUCUCUAAUGUAUUUACUUAUAUGUAGAGAUUCUGACAUUUUUAGCUAGGUUUAGGCUAACUCGAGGCUUCAUAUCGAAGCUGAAGCUGGAAUGUUUAUUUGACUCAAAUUGUAAGUUAUUAGUAAUUUUCAAUUUCUCAUCCUCUUGAUGCUAA